UUGAAGGAAGUCCCGUCCCCGGGCUUCCGCUCCCCUCCUUGCGGGCCCUGCCAGCCCUGCCGGCCCCGCUAGUGAGGCGUGUUCGGAAUGGCGGAGGGUGGCAACCGUGGCGAGCAGCAGGCGGCCUGCGGGCACGACAGCUACCGCUCGCCGCUUGCCUCCCGCUACGCCAGCCCUGAGAUGUGCUUCGUGUUUAGCGACAGAUACAAAUUCCGGACCUGGCGGCAGCUCUGGCUGUGGCUGGCGGAGGCCGAGCAGAUGUUGGGUUUGCCUAUCACCAAUGAACAGAUCGAGGAGAUGAAAUCAAACCUGGACAACAUUGACUUCAAGAUGGCAGCUGAGGAAGAGAAACAGUUACGACACGAUGUGAUGGCUCACGUGCACACGUUUGGCCACUGCUGCCCAAAAGCCGCCCCCAUAAUUCACCUUGGUGCCACCUCUUGCUACGUUGGCGACAAUACAGACCUGAUUAUUCUUAGAGGUGCGUUUGACCUGCUUUUGCCAAAGCUUGCCAGAGUGAUCUCUCGGCUUGCUGACUUUGCUAAGGAACGAGCCGGCCUUCCUACCUUAGGUUUCACACAUUUCCAGCCUGCUCAGCUGACCACAGUUGGGAAGCGCUGCUGUCUCUGGAUUCAGGAUCUAUGCAUGGACCUCCAGAACUUGAAGCGUGUCCGAGAUGACCUGCGUUUCCGGGGAGUGAAGGGCACCACCGGCACGCAGGCCAGCUUCCUGCAGCUCUUCGAGGGAGACCAUCAGAAGGUAGAGCAGCUUGACAAGAUGGUGACAGAAAAGGCAGGAUUUAAAAGGGCUUUCAUCAUCACGGGGCAGACCUAUACACGAAAAGUGGACAUUGAGGUGCUGUCUGUGCUGGCCGGCUUGGGGGCCUCCGUGCACAAGAUUUGUACCGACAUACGACUCCUGGCAAACCUCAAGGAGGUGGAGGAACCCUUUGAAAAACAGCAGAUUGGCUCAAGUGCAAUGCCAUACAAGCGGAACCCCAUGCGCUCAGAGCGCUGCUGCAGCCUCGCCCGUCACCUCAUGACCCUGGUUGUGGACCCACUGCAGACGGCCUCUGUGCAGUGGCUCGAGCGCACGCUGGACGAUAGUGCCAAUCGACGUAUCUGUUUGGCUGAGGCAUUUCUCACUGCAGAUACUAUAUUGAACACGCUGCAGAACAUUUCUGAAGGAUUGGUGGUGUACCCCAAAGUCAUUGAACGGCGCGUCCGGCAAGAGCUGCCUUUCAUGGCCACGGAGAACAUCAUCAUGGCCAUGGUGAAAGCGGGGGGAAGCCGCCAGGAUUGCCAUGAGAAAAUUAGAGUGCUUUCGCAGCAGGCAGCUGCUGUGGUCAAACAGGAAGGAGGUGACAAUGACCUCAUAGAGCGAAUCCAGGCUGAUGCCUACUUCAGCCCCAUUCAUUCUCAGUUGGACCGUCUGCUGGAUCCUUCUUCUUUUACAGGCCGUGCAUAUCAACAGGUGCAGAGAUUCCUGGAAGAGGAGGUGUAUCCCCUGCUGAAGCCAUAUGAAAGCGUGAUGAAGGUGAAAGCAGAGCUGUGUCUGUAGCGUUGGAAGAGAAUUAAACAAGAAGUCGUUGGCCUUGUUAACUUUUAUUGCCAAGUCACCGAAACCAUCAGUCUAGGCCUGUUACCUAAAAUUAAUAUGGCACUUUUUUGUUGGCCUGGCGCUUUCCCAUUUCUCAGCGCCUGCAAUGCAGAAAUAAAUUAUGUUGAAUUGGACUCUCUUCUACAGCAACACAA